AUGAACAACAUUACGCAGCACAACUCGAGCAGCUCAUGGGAUUUGGACAUGAGCCUCGGCACCCACCACCACCCUCUCCUCUUCGACAGCCACCCCAACCCGGGGCCGCCGCCGCCGCCAUUAUCCUUCCACCUCUCCUCCUCCUCCCACCACCCUCCGGCGCCGCAUCCUGCACACCACCAUCCCAGCUUGGGUCCUUCGCUGUCUUCCUCCCUCUUCCCACAACCACCGCACCACCACCAUCAUCGGCUCCACCGCCUCGGCCUCGACAUCGACGACCCUUCCUCCCAUUCCCACGGCCACCGCGGGAACGACGAGCUGGAGGAGAUGCGGAAGCAGCACGAGGCGGCAGCCGAGCACGUGGACGAGGAGCUCGGCGCCAUGAAGGAGAUGAUGUACCGGAUCGCGGCCAUGCAGCCGGUGGACAUCGACCCGGCCACCGUCAAGAAGCCGCGCCGCCGCAACGUACGCAUCAGCGAGGACCCCCAGAGCGUGGCGGCCCGGCACCGGCGCGAGCGGAUCAGCGAGCGCGUCCGCGUCCUGCAGCGGCUCGUGCCCGGCGGCACCAAGAUGGACACCGCCUCCAUGCUCGACGAGGCCAUCCGCUACAUCAAGUUCCUCAAGCGCCAGGUGCAGGAGCUCCACAGCGCCGGCGGCCAGAGCAGCCAUGGAAUGCACUGA